GUGACCGCAGUAAUAGGUUAUCACUUCCGCUCCGCCACAUGUAAACAGCGACAGCGAAGUGUCACGAGUUCAAGUCGUUGAUAAGUCAUCGCCGCAGAUAAAUGUUUGCACAGUAUCGAGGAUAACAAAGGGAACAUGAAGUACAGUUAAGGAUAUGCUAGGAUAAGAUAAGCCAGGGCGAUGUCGUCAUUGAGGGACAGGGUGCCCCUAGUGUCAGAGCCUGUGAAUAGCGCAGACAGUGAACCAAGGCGAGGGUUUGAAAUCGCACCUGGUCAAGUCACAAUACCUGAGACACAGAGUGAUUUUGAUGGGAGCGAGGGUAUCAAGUUCAGUUUCCGUAAGCUAUGGGCAUUCACUGGCCCUGGUUUUCUUAUGAGUAUAGCUUACCUGGACCCUGGCAAUAUAGAGUCUGACCUGCAGUCUGGGGCCAUUGCCAAAUACAAGCUCCUGUGGGUUUUGAUGUGGUCCACAGUGCUGGGACUGGUUCUUCAGCUCCUGGCAGCAAGACUGGGCUGUGUCACAGGUAAAAAUCUUGCUCAGAUAUGCCGUGAGGAGUACCCGACUGCUCCUAGAAUAGUGUUAUGGCUGAUGAUGGAACUUGCUAUCAUAGGAAGUGAUAUCCAGGAGGUGGUUGGGUCUGCCAUUGCCAUCAAUUUACUGUCUAAUAAUUUAAUUCCAAUCUGGGCAGGAGUACUUAUAACUGGCAUAGACACCUUUACCUUUCUGUUCCUGGAGUCAGCGGGACUGAGGAAGUUAGAGCUGUUGUUUGGUUUUCUUAUCACAAUAAUGGCUGUCUGUUUCAUGUAUAUGUAUAUAGCAGUGAAGCCUGACCAAGGAGACAUAUUGAUAGGACUGUGGUUUCCUUGGUGUCAAGACUGUAAGAAAGAUGCCAUAGAACAACUAGUGGGAAUAGUGGGUGCUGUCAUCAUGCCUCAUAAUAUCUAUCUACAUAGUGCCUUAGUACUGUCACGUGUUCUUGAGCGAACAAGCACAAGAAAAGUUGAAGAGGCUAACAUGUAUUACUCCAUAGAGUCAGCUAUUGCCCUUUUUGUUUCCUUCCUAAUUAACUUAUUCGUAGUGGCAGUCUUUGCCAAAGCAUUCUCAGAGGGGUCUGGAUUCACCCCAGAUGAGGCCAGUUUACAAACUGCUGGUGUAUGGAUUUUUCGAAAGUUUGGUUUGCCCAUGAAAAUUAUUUGGGGUAUAGGGAUCCUCUCUGCUGGUCAGAGCUCCACUAUGACUGGAACCUAUGCUGGUCAGUUUGUUAUGGAGGGUUUUCUCAAUAUCCAUUGGGCAAAAUGGAAGAGGGUUCUACUGACUCGAUCCAUCGCUAUUGUGCCAACCAUUAUUGUAGCCCUGACGGCUCAUCAAGACAUUGACUUCUUAAACAGCUGGCUAAAUGUCCUGCAGAGUGUGCAGUUGCCCUUUGCGUUGCUUCCAAUACUCCACUUUACCAACAGUGAGAGAGUCAUGGGAAAGUUUAAGAAUGGAAAGGUAAUGCAGUUGGUGGUAUGGCUACUGGCAGCCCUAGUUAUGGGAGUCAAUUUUUACCUGGCAUACCUUUAUUUGUUUGAUUCUGGUCAGCAAGCUUGGCUGAUGGUGAUCAUUGCUCUGGUUAUAGUGAUCUACCUCAUGUUUGUGGUCUAUUUGGCAAUUGGGCUGAGGAACAUUACACUUCUCAAGAUUUGGUUUGCAAGGAAACGAGGCAGGGAAGUGUUUUACUUGGAAGAGGAACUACGGAUUAGGGACAGCUAUUGUUACACAGCAUUUGGACAUGACCGCACAAAUUCUGUUCUCUCCCAGCGCGAGGCGCCAUUGUCCGGAUCUGUCCAAAUAAAUCAGUCCUCAUCACUUCCAGUUGCGGGCGAUCUAUGAUAUUUUAUCACCAUAAACAGUAAAUGACGGUCAACUUUAAAAGAAGUACUACUGACAGCAUCUGUCAAGAUGAACAGUGCUUCCAGUUUUUAAUGACAAUUAUUUGUAUUUGAACAGAGUCAAUACCUUAUCAAAUGAUGAACAAAUAACAACGCUUUAAGUUAAAUGCUCAUUAUUCCAAUAUUUUUUUCUGAAAGAAGAGCCAGUAUCUCCAUGAAAGUGAGAAGGGCAACUUUUUUUGUUGUGACCUACUUAAUAUUUAUUUAUUUUUGAUUUUUUUCAUUGGGGUAAGGUUCAGUAAGAAUGUUUUUGUUAUUCACAGUAACCAAACUUACUGAACAAAUACCAGUAUACUUGGUGCAAUAUUUUAGAAUACCGUAUAACAAUUCAUAUAGAACAUCAUGUCAUGCCAGAGUUAAACAUUAAUACAAUGUACGUAUAAUCAUUGCAAAGAAUGCGAAAAUCUUUAAGUUAGUAAUUUUUCUACACAGUUUUGUACACUUGGGCAUUGUCUUUUUUAACAUCUACAAUGCUUAGAGGGCCAGAAUCACAAGGUUUUUAAUUUUAUCGACCAGAAAUCCAACUUUGUUCAGAAGCGUGUUACAGCAUGUAACAGUGUUACGGACACUUCACGUUAACAUGUAUCCUACUUUUUGGACAUAAUCGUCAUAUUUUCCAAAUGUUAUUCGUUAAAUUAAAAAAUGUAGACAAUUGUUUAACACAUAUUAUUAAUAAGAGCCUUUUGGUUGCUAUGCUUUUAAUAAAAUUCUUCUUCUU